AUGCCCGAGACUGACAUGUGUCACGACUCGACGCGCCGGCGAGACGGAGAGGAUGAUGUCGAGCACGCUGCCGCCGAUGCGACCGAUGCGACCCGGAGUUUACGUCGUAGGGCUCUGGUGAUGCCCCUGGGACAGACGGCCAGACAACGGCGGUUCCGGCUGCAGCCUGGCCCUGGCGCGGGUGUCGCCAGCGGCGUCUGGUGGAUGGCACUCCUGUGCCUGGUGAUGACAUGGAUCUCGCCUGCAGCCGCUGCCCUGCUGGAUUUUGACAAUUGCCUGGACAAGUCCAUCCUCGAGUCGUACCCCCUGCAGCUCCAAUUCGUGCCCCUCGACGUUGGCGUGACCUUCGACCUCUCCGACCCCCUCCACCCGCUGAAUGUGACGGUCUAUGGGAAUGUUUCUGGCACAGCAGACGGAUCUUCUUACAACUAUGACCCGAACGAUCCCCAGUGGACCAACUCCUCGUCGACAUACGGAAAGAUUGUGGAUUUGAGCAAGUCGAACAACAAGUACAGCACGUUGUUGACGGCCUUUGACGUGCUGAGCUAUACCCCGUGGAGCAAUCCCUCGCGAUUCUGCUCGUCUCUGACCCAGGGAGACUGCCCGUUAGGGCCUGUUUUCAAUGGUAACGUGAGCGAUUUACGUACAUUGCAUUCAUUUUCCGUGGAACAUGAUAUGGUUUCUACCUACCGUUUUUCUACAAUCACCCCAACCUUCACCAUUCGCUCGGGCGACUCCUCUGCGGCCGAGCUGGGCUGCAUCUCCGUGCCGAUCACCCCGGAUUUUGGCGCACCCCUCAAAAAUGCUCUCGCAUAUAUUCCGUUGGUCAUCUUAGUGCUGGUGGGUUUGACUACCAUCCUCGCGGCCAUGUAUAGUCCUUGGGGGACUACCGAUGUCUUUCGAUGGACCAGCAAUUACGGCCGCGACGAGGAUGUCCUCCGACUGGUCACCCCGGGCUUCGCGGACUGCUUGCAGUAUCUACAAUACGUGGUAUUGACUGGAGCCCUUUCGCUAGACUACCCGGGCUUUUUCCAGCCGGCUGUCAGUCACGGCUCGUGGUCAGUUCUCAUGUUCAACCAGAGCUUCGUCAACCCCGGCGGCAACAAUCCUAUUCAGGAUGGCGUGUAUGCCGUGAAUGGGACGUACGGUCUCGACCGCAUGAACCAAUUGGUGGGCAUGACGUCUAAGCAGGAUAUUUGGCCUGGUAUGAUGGUGUGGCUGUUGGUUAUUCUGGGCUGUGUCACUUUGGUGAUUCAACUGGGCUUUGCCCUGCGAUGGCUUCACCGUGAACUCGCCAAUACCUCCGAGCAGGAUCUCCGCGCGAAAAACAUGCCCUUCACCGUCGGCAAUGUCAUUCGCAUUGUCUUCAACUUCCUUCUUCUCCCCAUCAUCUCACUCUCCUUCUUCCAACUGGUCACCGCUUCGGGCUCACCGGCAUACAGCGUCGCCUUGGCAGCCAUUGUGGUCGUCGUGUUGCUCUGCUUCUCGAUUUGGAUGGUCCGCGUGAUAAUUUCCACCCGCCCCAAGUCUCAUCUCUUCGACGACCUUCCCACAGUCCUGCUGUACGGACCGCUGUACAAUACCUACUGCGAUGACGCCGCCGCGUUUGCCACGGUCCCCAUUUUCCUGAACUUUGCCCGUGGCAUUGCCAUUGGAGCUUUGCAACCAUCUGGUAUUGCGCAAGUGGUUCUGCUCGCUAUUUGCGAGGUAGUCUCUGUGCUGACGCUGGUGGCAUUCCGCCCAUUCCCGUCUCCAACCCAUAUGAACCUGUAUCACUGCCUCUUCUCGUUUGUGCGGUUCCUCACGAUUAUUCUCAGUGUGGUCUUUGUACCAUCUCUGACGAUCUCGCGGGCUGCACGAGGCUGGAUUGGCUAUUUGAUUCUUGUCUUGCAUGCGUUAGUUUUGAUCUUUGGAUUCUUCUUGAAUGCUCUGCAGACCUUGAUCGAGGUUUUGGCCAGACUUGCUGGUGCUGGCGGAGCCACUCGUGGUGGCCUGUCCAAGGUAUUUGGCAUGCGCCAGCUGUCUAGGCGCGAGGCUCGCGGUGGUAUUGCACGCCAAAGUAUGGGCUCCGAAGCCGCCAUGCUUGCAAAUGUCGAUGGGCGUAUGUCUUCUCAGUGGGAAGGCUCUCGUCCACGCAGUCUGUCUGGUAGCUCCGGAAUGCUGUUGAAUCGGGCGACUGCAAGUGAGGGACGCGCCAGUGCUAUCCUAGACUAUGCCAGCUCCCAGGGUGGUGGCUCACACAGUCGCGCACCGAGCGGUAAUCUAUACGCGAAUUCUCCAACUGCGUAUACGGGAGCCGGUGGCUCGCCAAGUAGUAGUACGUUCAUGGCCGCACACCCUCGUGAUCCCUACUACCGGCCUCCUCGACCCGGAGCAGUUCGACGAGACACACAGCCAGGAGCCAAUGACCGCAGCAAGAGAAGCUCCAGAACCUUUUUGAAGCCCAGUCGAUCUGGUGGUGCUGAUGAUGAUCUUGGAGAUGGACCCCCUAUGUCUGGUCGAGGUACACCCGUUCCUGCAUACCUACCUGCUCCUAAAGAUGAUAUGGAACUGGAGGACCCGCGACAACGGAAGGAUUAUGCAGUGCGAGAGGUGGACUUCUAUUACCGUGUCCGCGGACCUCCUCUCUCCCACACAGGCACUCGCAAGUUGAAGACUGGCCCUGCAGACCCGACUGGCCCAGUUUCCUCCGCCACCGGCUGGUUCCGCAAUUUCUUCCAGGGCAAGACCAAGGACAAGGGCAAGGGUUUCGAGGUUGUGCGGAGUGCCCGUGCUCCUCCCCCGGCCUCUUCCCUGUCGAAGACUAUCACGAGGAACCAUACCAAGACGACCCCGAGUAUCCCACGGCCGGCGGCCACUCACGCAACAUCUCUGGCGGCGACGAAACAUCGUACCGAGACUCGGAAGGUGACAACACGCCCACUAAAACUCGAAGCGACGCUCGUGCCCCUGUUUUGCCGCAGGUCAACUCAGUCGGCAGCAUCGAACUGCCAAGCCGUGUUGGAUCCCGCCGAACCCAAGCACUAUCCGAGGAAGGCGGCGACGGCGCGAAUGACCUGCCAACUGUCUCAGAAGCCCACUCUCCGCCACGAGGCGCUCCCGACUCUGAACACCUCCGCGCAGAUACACCCGGCACAGCCCGUCUUCCAUUCAGCGGCAGCAGCUCUCCAUCUCGCGAACGCGGCCACUCCGUCGCAUCGACCUCCAACUCCAUGGCCUCCAGCCACAAAACCGCCCGCGAGGGUUCUCGACGAGACCGACCUUCCAGCAUGGGCUACGUGGCACAAUACCGCACAAGGGACAACAUACACGAAGCAAGUCCCGACGAGCCUUCUUUCAGCGGAAGCCAAGCGGAAUUAG